AUGCUCGAGUAUGAGUCCAGAUAUGUUAUGAUUGAGCGCCUUUAUUUGGCAUUGGUUUGGGCUACUAGAAGGCUGAGACACUAUGUGACCGGGUAUUCCAUAUUAUUGGUCUCACGAUUAGAUCCUUUGAGAUAUCUAUUCGAUAGGUUUGUUUUGACUGGUAGGCUCAUAAGAUGGUUAGUGCUACUGAUAGAAUUUAAUAUUCAGUAUGUCAUGAAAAAAUCAUUAAAAGGGAGCAUUGUUGCAAAUCAUUUGGCUUCUUUGCUAGUAUAUGAUGACAGACUGGUUGACAAUGAUUUCCCUAAUGAGAAGUUUGUCUUAGUGACUAGUAUUGUAGGAUGGCGAUUGUACUUUGAUGGUGUCGCCAAUGAGUCGAGGUUUGGUAUUGGCAUCCUAUUGAUAUCACCUCAGGAUGAUGACAUUCCCAAAUCAGUCUCAUUGGCAUUCUCUGAUCAUCACCGGCUGACGAAUAAUGUUGUUGAGUACGAGGCAUGCAUUAUAAGUCUAGAGACUGAGCUCGAUCUUGGAGUUAGACAGUUGGAAAUCCAUGGGGAUUCCAACUUGGUUAUUCAGCAGACUCAGGGUAUUUGGAGGACUUGGGAUGAGAAGUUGAAACCCUAUCAUGCUUAUUUGGAUUUGUUGGUUGAUAGGUUUGAGGAAUUAAGAUAUAUACAUCUGCCCAGGGUAGAAAAUCAGUUUGCUGAUGCACUAGCCACCUUGGCUUCUGUGAUUGAGAUCCCUACGGGAGUGACUGUGCGACCAUUACUGAUUGAGACCAGGUCCGCACCAGCUUAUUGUUAUCUGAUUGGAGAUAUCGAGGAUCAGGAUGAACUACCAUGGUACCAUGAUAUUUAUCAGUUUCUGUCAUGUAGUGCUUACCUUGAGUCAACCACUGUCAAGGAUAGGAGAGCUUUGAGGCAGUUAGCCACUAGAUUUGUGAUUUGUGGAGAGUCAUUAUACAGACGAUCGCCCGAUUGCCUAUUAUUGUUAUGUCUAAAUCGUGCCUCUACAGAUCGAGUGAUGAGAGAGGUUCAUGCAAGAGUUUGUGGCCCACACAUGGGAGGACACAUGUUGGCCCGAAAGAUUAUGAGGACAGGUUAUUUUUGGUUGACCAUGGAGGCAUAUUGUUGUCAGUUCGUUCAGAGGUGCCCAGAGUGCCAAAUGCAUGGUGAUCUCAUUCACAUGCCACCUUCGGAGUUGCAUGCACUCACAUCCUCUUGGCCAUUUUCAGUGUGGGGUAUUGAUAUUAUUGGAAAGAUCUCGCCCAAGUCUUCCAGUGGGCAUGAGUACAUCUUAGUAGCCAUUGAUUACUUCACCAAGUGGGUGGAAGUCGUUUCUUACGCUAAAUUGACAACGACCAAGGUAGCCAAGUUCAUUAGAUCGCAUAUUAUAUGCCGAUACAGGGUCUCUCAUGAGCUGAUCUCAGCCAGAGGGGCGCAUUCAAAGGCGAGGUAG